AUGACUCCUCGUCACCAGAACUCCAAGGCUACUCGUCGUUCAAACAUUUGGUUUUUAGCUCAUCCUUCUGUUGUUACGAGCAUUAUCCACUCCUCGGAACAAGUUAUUAUCGCAGAGUGCAUCUGGCAAACCUCUCAUUUUCGUGUAGCCGUUAUUCAUGGAGCCAAUGAUCAGGUGACUCGCCUGCAGUUGUGGGCGGAGCUGCUUUCUUUUACUAAUGGGAACACGGUGUUCAUUGGGGAUUUUAAUGCAAUCAAGGGAGCUCAUGAGAGAUUGAGCACGGCCGUGCCUUCGAGGAGUGCUUGCAAGGAGUUCUGUGAUUUUAUUGACGCUACUAAUUUCAUUGAAUCUCCCACGUCUGGUCUAUACUUUACUUGGUCUGGUCGACGUCUUCUCCCUAGACAUGUUGAAUCUAGGCUUGAUCGAGCUCUUUUUUCUACAAGCUUUGCAGAGAAUUGGUCGGACAUUGUCACUCAUGCUUUGCCUCGCGUGACUUCGGAUCAUUCCCCUUUGAUCUUUAAGUGCAGCUCGAAUAAUGCUAUUACUCGAAGACCUUUCAAAUUCCUAAACAUGUGGGUGUCCCAUCCGAGUUUUCUUGAUAUGGUGAACGAUUCUUGGUCUGCAAGCGUUGAUUCUCGAUGCCCUAUCUAUAGAGUUAUGUCUAAGCUCCGUAGGCUUCGUGGUGACAUUCGAAUAUGGAAUCGGACGACUUUUGGUAAUGUUGACACGCAAAUCCAGGAGGGACAGAGAACUCUGAUGGAUGUGCAGCAAAAGAUAUCUGUUUUGGGUUACACUGAUGCUCUUUUCGACGAGGAAAUUGCGGCACAAGCUGGUCUUAAUAUCACUUUGACGAGAAAAAACAUGCUCCUUCAGAAAAAAAGUAGAGCCAAUUGGUUACUAGAUGGUGAUAGAAAUUCUGCCUUUUUCCACCGUAUAAUUCGUUCUAGGAAACAGAAUCAGCGAAUUGCCCAUUUGAGAAUUAAUGGUGUCAUGACUUAUGAUUCGGAUGUCAUUCAACAGCAUAUAAUUGACUUCUUCUCGAAUCUUUUCAACCAAGAGGGUCAGGCCGAUGUUGACCGAACCUUGUUGGAAGCAAUUAUUGAUGAUUGUGUCACUACGGAGCAGAACAAUCAUCUUAUCUGUACGCCGAAUGACGAUGAGAUUACUGCUGCAGUUUUUGGGAUGGAUUCUAACAGUGCUCCGGGUCCGGAUGGUUUCUCUGGGAGAUUCUUUCAUAGUUGCUGGCAUAUUGUUAAAGAUGAUGUGAUUUCCGCGGUUAAGGCUUUCUACCUGAAUUCGUAUUUGCCGUCUGGAUGCAACGCCAGUACGUUAAUCCUUAUUCCGAAGAAAGAGUCUGUUGAUACGGUUGCUGACUUACGCCCGAUUAUUCUUUCUAAUUUCUUCUUUAAGAUUAUAUCGAAGAUUCUCGCCACUCGGCUUGGUUUGGUUGCGACGGUCACUGUCUCGGGUAAUCAAUUCGGUUUCAUUGGAGAUGACAUACUGAUUUUCUGCAAAGCUUCGAUCAGGAAUGCUCGUAAAAUUAAGGAAAUUUUGGACCUUUAUGGUGAGAUUUCUGGGCAGAAUUGCAAUACUUCUAAGUCCAAUAUUUUCUUUUCUAACGGCGUUGUCAACAACAUGCGUAUGGGUAUUAGGCGUGAGCUUGGGUUUUCCAUGGGCACGCUCCCGGUCCUUUACCUUGGUGUUCCGUUGUUUACUGGCCGUAUUCGUGCCUCCUAUCUUGCUGCUAUACAUGAUAAAAUUGUGAAUAAAUUCUCCCGUUGGAAAGGUAGUGUGGAUACUAAACCUUCAUGUUCGGUUAGAUGGACGCGGGUUUGUGCUCCUCGUGUUGAGGGUGGUCUUGGAGUUCGCUCCUUCUCUGCUAUGAACAACAGUUACCUUAUGAAGAUGGCCUGGCGGAUCAUUCAUGGUCAGGAGUAUGGCCCUUCAAUUUUAAAAACUCGAUACCUGACCAAAUUUGGUUAUGCUAAACAUCAUUCGGCUUCUUCACCGUUCUGGACAAGCAUCAGGCAACAUGUUGAUGAUCUGGUGGAAAACUCGUUCGCGUACAUUGGGACGGGUAGGAAUACGUAUUUCUGGAAGGAUGAUUGGUUGGGUUACAGAUUGUUGGAUAAGCUUCGUAUUCCACCGUUUAUGAAUGAUUAUCUGAAUCAGGCAGUGGACGAUUAUUACUAUGAUGGUAUUUGGCAUUUCACGGCGGAGUUUGUUAUUAAUUUUCCGGACGUGGUGGUGGACAUUCUUUUACUCCCUAUUGGUGAAGAAGAGGAUUGUAGGCUAUGGAAAUCUUCUGUAAAUGGUACUGUCACGGCUGCUGCUGCCUACGCUACUCAAGGCCAUCAUUUUCCUAAGGUUAGCUGGGGAAGUUGGAUUUGGGAGAAGUUCAUCCCGGAACGGCGUUCGCUGCUUUGUUGGCGUAUUAUUCACAGACGACUACCCACUUUUGAUUGCUUGAUGACGAGAGGUUUGAUGGGGCCGAAUAGAUGUGCUAUUUGUGGUGUGGCGGAGGAAAGCAUUAACCACCUGUUUUGGGAAUGUGGUUCUAUUCAGCCUAUCUGGAAAGAGCUCAUGGCUUGGUUUAACAAGGAUUAUUCUCAUUUUAUCGACAUUCAUUGCGUUCUUGUCGCUGCUUGGAAUGAGAAGUUCAGCUCACAAGUCCUCUCCUUCUGGAAAGCAGGAAUCAUUAACUUACUUUGGAGAAUCUGGGAUUGUCGCAACAAUAUUAUCUUCAAUGAGACGAUUUUUCAUCGUCAGCUGGUUACGGGAUUCCUUAAAGUUAUGUUCAAGGAAAUGGAUUUGAACUUUUCAAAACUUGGCAACACGACUAAUUCCUGGUCGGACUAUCUAGCCAUGCGCAGUAUUGGGGUGGCGACACGGGCGGCUCCCCCUCCCAUCAUGAUCGAGGUUCACUGGUGGCCGCCCGUUGGCCAAUGGAUCAAAGUUAAUACUGAUGGGUCGGCAUUGGGAGCUCCGGGAAAUAUCGCAGUAGGUGGGGUUUUUCGUGACAAAUGGGGAUGGGUUCGCGGAUGCUUUCAUUACAAAGGUGGUGUUGGUUUCGCUUUUGAAGCUGAACUCUUGGCGGUCAUGUAUGCGGUUGCUAUUGCCCACAACAGAGGAUGGACUCUUCUUUGGAUCGAAUCUGAUUCUUUUUAUAUUGUUAAACUCCUUCACUCUCGCUCCGAAGAUAUUCCGUGGCGUUUUUUAGCUUCUUGGAAACGCACCCUUCGGUUGCUUUUGGAUUUUCGUUUACAAAUUUCUCAUAUCUAUAGGGAAGGAAAUUCGGCAGCUGAUAUCAUGGCAAGUCAUGCCCGUUCUGAGGGAUGGUGGCCGCAUGCUAUUGACGAGAUUAAGUAUGCUGUUGCAACUGAUAUGGCGACUCACAGUCGAGUCAGGAUUAAGUAUUGA